AUGAUUUUACCUGAGCACGGGACACAACCAGACUACUCCACCUGGAGCCAGUCCAGUCUCAUAUCCCGCAUCACUGAGCUGGAGCGCCAGUUAAACUCCCACGACCAUCACAGUAGGUCCGACGGCAGCGCAGAUACAGACGCAAUCAGAGGGCGUAUCAAGGCUGCAGGAAGCCCCACAGCUUCCCGUUCCCCUUCUGUGUCGUCCUCUUCCCCCCGCCGCCGCACCAAGAAAGCCCGCGACAUCGAUCCUUCAAAAUACAACACACGCUUCAUCGCGCUGAAAUUCGCCUAUCUGGGUCAAAGAUAUAAUGGUUACGAGCAUGCCAAUGGGAAUACCACGCCUUUACCGACAAUUGAGGAGGAGUUGUGGAAGGCGUUGAGAAAAGCGCGGUUGAUAUUUCCGCAGGCGGUUGAGGCGGAUGGUGGUGAAGGGGUGGUUGGAGACGGGGAGAGUCAGGGGAGGGAAGAGCGAUCGUACAAAAUUGAUUGGACAGGCUGUCAGUAUUCGAAAUGUGGGAGGACGGAUAGAGGGGUUAGUGCGUUCGGUCAGGUUGUUGGGAUAAGGGUAAGGAGUGCGCGGCCCCAUAAAAAAGCUGCGAAGAGUACUGGUAAUGGCAAUGGUGCUGGCAAUAUAGUAUCUAGUGCGGAGCCUUCCACUACUACUUCUACUGAUGCCUACAAUAGCGGAGUGGAAAAUCUUCUCGGUGGGCUCUCGCUUUCUGGUUCAGAGAACUCUGAGACCGAAGAUAGCUGGGAUGACAUUGCUGAUGAGUUGCCUUAUAUAACUAUUUUGAACAGAGUAUUACCGGAGGAUAUUCGCGUGCUAGCAUGGUGUCCGAACCCCCCGCCGGAUUUUGAUGCCAGAUUCUCCUGCCGUGAGCGCCGGUAUCGCUAUUUUUUUACGCAGCCAGCGUUCUCUCCAACGCCCGGUCCAUUGGGCUUCCUAAAACGUGGGCGUGAGGAGAAUUGCCUGUGGGAGGGUAGCGGCGCCCCACACAAUGAGCAAUUUAGAGAGGGAUGGUUGGAUAUCGAAGCAAUGCGUGAGGGGGCGAAAUAUCUUAUCGGAUCCCACGACUUUCGAAAUUUCUGCAAAGUUGAUCCGAGCAAACAGAUAACGAACCACGUGCGUCAUAUUUAUCAUGCCGAUAUCGAGCUGCUCGAUCCCAAAACCAAACCCUUGUCAUAUUUGAGGCAACAUGAAUUCACCACCUUCGAUACCGAAAAUGACAAAGCAGCUGCAAAUGGGUCGAUAGAUGACCCGUCAUCCAAUCUUAAAGUAUACUCCAUUACGAUUCAUGGAUCUGCUUUCCUCUGGCACCAGGUCCGACAUCUAGCCGCGAUACUUUUCUUGGUUGGUCAGGGACUCGAGGCCCCAUCGAUCAUACCGGAGCUAUUAGAUGUGGAGAAACAUCCCCGAAGGCCAACAUACGAGAUCGCCUCUGACACACCGCUGGUUCUCUGGGAUUGCAUAUUCCCUGAUGAAAGCAGUGGAAGCAGGGAAGACGCAAUGGAUUGGGUCUACGCGGGUGAUUCACGGACAUCGAAAGUUGGCAAGGGAGAUAACAACAAAUUUGGCCUAGGGAGUACGGUUGAUUCCCUCUGGCGUGUGUGGCGACAGCGGAAGAUAGACGAGAUAUUGGCCGGUGAACUUCUCGAUCUUGCGGUGAGCCAAGGAGAUAGAAGCGCUCUGACUCGAGGUGGGUUCAACGAUUCUACUCGCAACCUGCAGAAUAGAAGUCAGAAAGUGUUUUAUGGAGGUAAUGAAGGGAAAUUUGGUGGGAAAUACGUGCCCUUGAUGCAGAGGCGUAGAUUGGACCCGGUGGAGGUGAUAAAUGCAAGAUACACGAAAAGACCAGGGAAGAAACCUACUGCAUAG